GCAAAACCUCGUCUCAUUACUUACUCGGGUAAUCGACUUGUCUUUCGAGUUGCAUUCGAAUUCCGGGGGAACUCAAAGAGAAGAUGACACUGUCCACAGGGCUUCUUCCUUCUCUUUGCAAUCUCUUAAUUUGGUGCGCAGUUGGCUGCUACUGCCUGCCCAAUUCACCCACAGAGUCUCGGUCUCAACACGCUUGCUAUGCUGCCACCUCUGCUUUGUCAAAUCUCUUAACCUGCCGACUCUGAUAACCGAAGUCAAAGAUGAUAGUUAUUCAGAUGAUGGUGACACUAACAUGAAUUUGGCCUCAGCCCUCCAACCGAUCCCUUUCUGCUUAGUAUGGACCUCGGAGUCAGCCAAAGCCAGUCCAAUGCUACGACAAGCUGAUCUUAUAUCUGCUUUGAUCGACGUGCUAACUUUUUUCUUGCCAACAGUCGAGUCGCUGUCACUCACUAGUCCUGUUAAAUCACAUUCCCUAAAAACGGAUGAUGAAGAAAAGCUGCUGAAUAGGUUGAUUAAUGUCCAGGUCACUGAUCCCGAUGAAGAAGUGAUGAGGAAACAUGCUCCUGGUAGUGAACUUAGCUCUGAGAAAGACGAA